ACUUUUUUCAGAUAAAUACAGAAUUUUUGAUGUGAUAACCUGUCUUGUCCUGUGAUAAGGCUAUUAUAAAAGCCGACGCGCUUUAAUUUACUCAGUUAUGUAUUUAACUGACUAAUUAGGAAGGUGUAAAGAAUAUUUUCAUAUAUCUUACAAAAUUUGUCUUCUCUUCAAGUACGAAUAGAACAGGCGAUAGACGAUGAAGGGAAUACACCUAGUCGCCUUCUUGGCAUCUUGGACCGUGAUCACCGCAAGUGAAUUACCGGAUCUUUUUGAGGCUCAGAGUGAAUGUCCUGCGAAAGACACUUCGCCGCCGACAUUAUUAUCCCACGAAUCGGAUUGCUCGAAGUACUACGAGUGUAAAUACGGUCAGAAGAUAUUGCGAACUUGUUUUGUCGGCCUGUAUUUUAGCAAAAGUUGGCGUGGCUGCGUCAACAAGGAUAUUUCGGAUUGCAUACAACAAGCAGAUUGUCCCGGGCCAGACUAUCCGUCUGAGUGCCAAUGCAAGCCAGAUGGUACUCGAGUAGAACAUGAAUGUCAAUGCGACAAAUUCUACGAGUGCAAAGGUGGCCAGAAAGCUCUGCAUGAAUGCCCGGCCGGCGAAAUCUUUAUUCCUAAGGAAUCUCGUUGCAAACCGGGCAUAAAGAAGCCAAAUAAGGACGAAUGUGAGCCAAACCCAUGUAUAUGCACGGAAAAUGACAAAAAACCUCAUGAAUGUUGUUGCCGAAAAUUCUACCAAUGUUGUGAUAAUAAAUGGAUUGAGCGUGAUUGCGGUAAAGGAUGGCAUUUCAGUAAUGAGACAAACGGCUGCGUAUGCGGCGAAUGCCAACCGGUUUGCAAAGAAAACGAAACAAAGGAUCAUGACUGUUGUUGUGACAAAUAUUUUAUAUGCAAAGAUCAAAAGUGGAUCCAAAAAGAUUGCGAGGCCGGUACACAAUUUAUCGACGGUAGGUGCGUGAAACCAACAGAUGAUGGUUGCCAUUGCAAAUGCAAAACUCCGGGUAUGAAAAUUUGUACUACAAAAUGGAGACACGAGUGUGACCCUAACUUGUAUUGGGAAUGCAAAAAUUGUAACAAGAUAAUACAUCAGUGCGGUUGCAAUAACUGCUUCAGCAAAGCUAAGCUGUUUUCAAGCAGUGAACCUUGUACCUCUUGCCAAGCAAGAGUAGGGUGGGUGGUACCGAUGUAUGAUACUGUCAUUUAUACAGAUAAACAAAUCAACGUAGAAAAAAGAAUACACCUAGUCGCCUUCUUGGCAUCUUGGACCGUGAUCACCGCAAGUGAAUUACCGGAAAUUUUUGCGGUUCAGGAAGAAUGUCCUACGAAGGAUACUUGCCCGCCAAAAUUAUUACCUCACGAAUCGGAUUGCGCGAAGUACUACGAGUGUAAAGGCGGCCAGAAGCAGUUGCGUUCUUGUGCGGCCGGCCUGUACUUUAGCGCAUAUUGGCGUGGUUGCGUCAACUGGGACAUUUCGGAUUGCGAGAAACCGGAUCCUACCACAACUACCACAACCACCACAACCACCACAACUACCCCCGAUCCUGGGCCAAACCCUUCGUCUGAUUGCGCUGGCAAGCCAGAUGGCACUCUAGUAAAACAUGAAUGUCAAUGUGACAAAUUCUACGAGUGCAAAAAUGGCCAGAAAGCUCUGCGUGAAUGCCCGAAUGGCGAAGUCUUUGUUCCUGGGGAGUCUCGUUGCAAACCGGGCGAUAAGAAUGAUCCGAAUUGUAAGCCAUAUCCUGACCCAGAUUGCUAUGGUAGGGAAAGAAAACCUCAUCACUGUCAUUGCGAAGAAUACUACGAAUGUGAUAACGGUCAAUGGAUCUGGCACACUUGCGGUGAGGGAUCGCACUUCAGUAAUGAAACAAAUGGCUGCGUGCCAGGUAAAUGCAACCCGGAAUGUGUCGACGGCGAUACAAAAAACCAUGAUUGCUGUUGCGACAAAUAUUUUGUAUGCAUAAAUGAAGACUGGAUCGAACGAAAUUGCGAAGAUGGUCAACAUUAUAGCAACAGUACGAAAACGUGCAUGAAUCCAAGAGAUGCUCACUGCACAGAUUACACACCUUGCGGUUGCAAAAGAACUUGUAACAAAAUAUGGAGGCACCAGUGCGAUUGUAGCUUGUAUUACGAGUGUGUAAAUGAUGUAAGGGAAAUACGCAAUUGCAAUUGCGGAUACUACUUCAAUAAAGCUACUCUUACAUGCGAUGUCGCGACAAACGUAAGAGACUGCAAAAAUCCCUGGGGAAUAAUCUUAGUCGCCUUCUUGGCAUCAUGGACCGUGAUCAACGCAAAUAAAUUACCGGAUACUCUUGCUCAGAAUGAAUGUCCUGCGAAAGACACUUGCCCGCCGACAUUAUUAGCCCACGAAACGAAUUGCGCGCAGUACUACGAGUGUGUAAAUGGUCAGAAGCAAUUGCGAGCUUGUGCGUCUGGCUUGUACUUUAGCAAAAAUUGGCGUGGUUGCGUCAACUGGAGUAUUUCGGAUUGCUCAAUCAAUCCGACUGGCACAACUCCAACUCCUCCCUGGACACGGCCCACCUCUGCUCCUCCUGGUGAUUGCAUUAGAAACGGCGAUCUUGUAAAACAUGAAUGUCAAUGCGACAAAUACUACGAGUGCAUAAAUGGUUUCAAGGCUCUGCGUGAGUGCCCGUACGGCCAGAUUUUCGACGCUGCAUCAAGGUCUUGCAGAAAUGGCAAUAAAAAUGGUGCGAUCAGGGAUGACAUUUUGACAGUCAGACUCAUCUGCGUUCCAGGCGGAUGCAGAAUAAUCUUAGUCGCCUUUUUGGCAUCUUGGACCGUGAUCAACGCAAGUAAAUUACCGGAUACUCUUGCUCAGAAUGAAUGUCCUGCGAAAGACACUUGCCCGCCGACAUUAUUAGCCCACGAAACGAAUUGCGCGCAGUACUACGAGUGUGUAAAUGGUCAGAAGCAAUUGCGAGCUUGUGCGUCUGGCCUGUACUUUAGCAAACAUUGGCGUGGUUGCGUCAAUUGGGAUAUUUCGGAUUGCUCAAUAACUACGACUACCACAAGUCCAACUCCCCCCUGGACACCGCCGCCCACCCUCCCUCCCAGGGAUUGCUCCAGGAACGGCGAUUUACUAGCACAUGAAUGUCAAUGCGACAAAUACUACGAGUGCAUGAAUGGUUUCAAGGCUCUGCGUGAGUGCCCGACGGGCCAGAUUUUCGACGCUGCAUCACGGUCUUGCAGAAAUGGCAAUAAAGUUACUUGCAAAUUUGAUGAACAGCCUGGAGUUUGCUUGGGUAAUGAAAGAAAAGCUCACGACUGGGAAUGCCAGAAAUACCUCGAGUGCGUAAACGGUAAUUGGGACUUGCGUGAUUGCGGUGUAGGAUGGCAUUUCGACAAUUGGUCACGCGCCUGCGUUCCAGGUGCAUGCCAAAGUAAGUUCAAACUUUCAACAAAAACGAUAAAAAGAAACGAAAAUGUUGUUGCGUCGAAUAUUAUGUAAAAAUGGAGACUGGGUCCCCGAAAUUUGCCAGGGCGGUUAACAUUUUAGCGAGAAUCACAGAACGUGCUUGAAUCCAAAAGAAGCUGGUUGCACAACAUAGUAUCUGGCGAUUGAUCAUGUAAUUGUCUCACAAAAUAGAAUUACGAGUGCGACUGUAGAUCAUAUUAUCAGUGAGUAAAAGGAAAUAUAUUCGCCUACAGUUGGGGAUCCUACUCCAAUAAAACUACUCUGAUAUGCAAUGUCGGCAAACGUGAAAGACUAUAAAAAUAGCUGGGAUCUUACGUAAAUAAUAAAGCACGAGAAACGAGUUUCAUAUUUGUUAAAACUACGCUGCUGUAUUUAUAAAAGUUUAGACAAUUUGGUUAAGAUAUUUUAAUAAAUCAGAUAAUUUAAAAAAUUGUCCAAACUUUUUUAAUAUUUCUAAUAUAUAAUUGUUAUUUUCAAUUUAAAUAAAAAGACUUAGAUAUAGAAAUAAAAAAAA